AUGUUCGAAUUCAUCUAUGACUACGUUGAAAAGGAUACGUUUACCAAGUAUUUGAGAUUGGUGAUCUUCGUUGCGGCAUAUGUAAUCUUCAGAAACUACUAUAGUGAGUGGGCCAAGAUGAAGCAGGUGAAAAGACAAAUUGCUCUUGAUGAACAAGAAAAGCUUGACAAGCCAGAAAAAGAAAGAAAGGAAAAAGAGGCCCAAGCCGCAAAAUUGAAGGCAGAAGCUGCCACAUUUGGCUGGGGAAAGAAGACCAGAAAGAAUGUUAAGCUAGUUGAACGUGAGUUGGCUGAGAGUGCAACAACGUUGAGAGAAAGACAUCAAACUAGUUAUGAUGCUCAAGAAGAUCACGACAUUGAAGACUUGUUAGAGGAUUAA